AUAAUAAUGCUAGUGACACCGUUAGUUUACAAAAUUGGAGCCGAUGAAACUCGCGCAAAAUGGCUGAGUUAACGCGCGAUACCACUCCGUAAUCCGUAUUGGACAAAAGAAAUAGAAAAGCUUCUAAAAGGAAAAAAGAAAAAGAAACUGAUCUUGAUAUUGCCGUCACUCUUUCUGCAUUAUUUGGUUUCAGUUUAUUUGGUUGAUUAUCUUGGUAAAAAAUUCUUGAUAAACAUAUAAUGCUAAAAACCAGACAGAUCUUGGGUUGUUCAUCAGGCUUGGUUUCGCAUCGUUGGAAGCCCUAUAGCUCUACAGGCAGCAGGCAGGUGUCCUUCAUUUCUAUCUCCACCUGCUCCAAACCAUUAUUAUUAUCAUCAUCUUCUUCUUCUUCUUCGACAAUUAUACCGACAACAACCACUUUGUUACUUCCUGGGUCCUCACCUCGCCGCACUCGUUUUGGAGCUUUCAGCAUGUCCUCAGCUCAUUCUGGGCCAAACCCAGGUGGCCCUUCUUCUUCAGUCGCGGUUCACUCAGCUGGCAAUGCUCGUAAGAUCAAUUUCUGCCAGUGGUGUGGUGGCCCAACAAAGCAUGAGAUACCUGAUGGAGAGGAGAAGAUAAGAGCUAUUUGCACGGUUUGUGAUAAGAUUGCCUACGAGAACCCAAAAAUGGUUGUGGGCUGUCUGAUUGAGCAUGAUAACAUGGUCCUGCUUUGCAAGAGGAAGAUUCAGCCAUCAUAUGGCCUUUGGACUCUUCCCGCAGGUUAUAUGGAAAUUGGGGAAUCAGCUACAGAAGGAGCAAUCAGAGAAACCUGGGAAGAAGCAUGUGCAGAAGUGGAAGUGCUGUCUUCUUUUGCUCAGUUGGACAUCCCACUAAUUGGCCAGACUUAUGUAAUUUUCUUAGCAAGGCUGAAGAAGCCCCACUUCUCACCGGGUCCAGAAUCAUCAGAAUGCCGACUAUUUGCACUUGAUGAUAUACCUUUUGAUUCUCUGGCUUUUUCGUCGAUGGUAGUGACCUUAAAAUUGUAUGCAGAAGAUGUAAGGGCCGGAAAACUUAAGUUCCACUAUGGUAUCAUCAAUAAAAAGCCUGGCACAAGUCCUUCUGACAUUCAUGCCUAUACUUUGGAUUAUCAUCUGCAGUCCUGACAACAUGUUGCAGAACCCAGCAUUUGUAUGAAAAUUGGAGUUGAAACUUUUAAUCACAAUGGCAAAGUUGGGAUUGUAUCUUCGUAUAGAAAUGGAGCCGAUAUCUUCUCCAAGUCCAAGCCCAUUGUACGCAUUGGAAUUUGAUCUUGAUUCUACUACUCAGUUGUCUGCAAAAUGCGAAGUUAUUCAGCCCACAGUAGACUUGUGCAUAAUUCCAGUUCCCUCAUUCUGCAGUUGUCUCCAAUUGCUCACUUCUUCUGUAGAGAAUCAAAUUGUAUAAAGCAUGAACAUAGAUUAAAAAAUUAAUGAAAUUCUUUUUCUCCAUCUGAUGUUAAUUAUCAUUUUUCAGAACAAAGAUUUAUUUACUUUCCAGCUGA